ACGUGACCCCGUCGCGAUCUCGCGGGGGACCAGACUCUCCGAGGCGGUGCCGCAGGGGACAGAGGGACUGACGGAGCGGAGUUCGCAGCAGCUUUCGCCGGAACAUCUGCGCGGAGGACGUGAUGUCGGGGCUCUCCCGCCAGCUGCCGUGGGCCGUUGCCUGCCUGGCCGCGCUCUGUGUGCUGACCGCGGCUCAGGACGUCUCCCCGGACCCGAACGUGACUGCAGUUACGACUUUAGCGACCACCAAGUCAGUUCCGACGUCGGUGACGACUCUAACGCCGGUCACCAUUCCAGCACAAGAUAUCUGUGAAAACCGCAACAGCUGUGUUUCCUGUUUCAAUGCUAGCCUUGAUGCUACUACCUGCUUUUGGAUAGAAUGUAAAGACAAAAGCUACUGUUCCCAUAAUUCAACAGCUAGUGAUUGCCAGGUGUUGAAUGGCACAAAAUUCUGUUCUGAACCCGAGCCCACUCCGAUGCCAACCAAUUCUACAGCUAAAACCACAACUCUGCCUUCCUCUUCUACAACUACCACCACAGUUACUACAUCAGGUACGACUAAUACCACUUUAACUCCGACUUCACAACCUGGACGGAAGUCUACCUUUGAUGCAGCCAGUUUCAUUGGAGGAAUUGUCCUCGUCUUGGGUGUGCAGGCUGUAAUUUUCUUUCUCUAUAAAUUCUGCAAAUCGAAAGAACGAAACUACCACACUCUGUAAACAGACCCAUUAAAUUAACAAGGACUGGUGUAUAACUCACUGAAACCAAAAUAUUAUCUUUCAAGAUGUCCCACAUGGAAGACGCUAUUCCAGGAUCUUUAAAUUUUCAGAGGAUGCAUAUAGGAUGUUUUGGAGCAUCGUCCUUGAAGAAAAAUCACUUAAAUCAUUUUGCUCAACAGGAAUAUUUAAAAUAUUCUGCAUGAAUCCUUGUGGCUGUCUUUUUUUAUUUUAAAUGGCUGCUGCUGUGGGAUUAUGUUCUCUCUUCUUGACGUACCAAAUGUAACUCUGUAAGUGAUGGAAAACAUUGUCCUGCGCAGACAACCUCAUGACUCUUUUGGCAGUUUAAAUUUAGUCAUUUUAAAGCCUGAAAGCUGCAUUAUUUUCAUCCUAACUCAGGAUGUAGUCUAGUGACCAGAAUUGAGAAGAAUGUGCCAAAGGAGCAUCAAUCGGGUGGACUUUUGGCUGUCCUUUCAAAAGUGGAAUAAAUCUAUAAAUUUAGUAUCCUUAGAGUAAACUGUAUCUUUAGAGUAAAAUUUUGUGCUCGAUAGCAGUUAUUUUUUCUACAUUAGAAAUAAGAUGCCACACAGGGAAUUACAUUCCAGAUUUAAAGGAGCGAAUGGAAAGGAUACAAACCAUUAAAGAAUAGCAGGUUAUUGUUCAUCCUUGUAAAGCACCUUAUAUCACUGAGAAAAUAAAGAACAGUGCCUUAAAAGACAGACUGAAAGGUAGACUGUAACUUAAAAUGUUUGUGAUUUGUUCUUUUACAUUAAGGAAGGUAAAGGUUGGUCUGAUGAUGUAACUGUUGACAAGAUGUAGUAAACCUGCUUUUAGAUAUCAUACUGUUAGUAUUUAACUAAAUACUAUUUGAUUUCAGCCCCGAGCAAGUUAAGCUAAAAGAUAUUCCACAAAGCUGAAGGCCUUCACAUAUUGAACCUCCCAGCAUUUUUCUUAGGCUGUUAAAAAGUAUAAAGCUAAAGUUGAUUUAAUUAUAUUUUCCUUUGUACUUCAACACUGUUGUACCAUGAAAGGAUUUUCACCAAGCUUUCUUGAAAAGUAACUAUUUUUAUGAGGCAAGAAGGAAGGAAGUUGUUUUAGAGUCAUUUACUAGUUCUUUAACGAGACAAUCAUUUUAAGUUUUGAGACCAGAAAUGUGACCAGUGUAAUUUUAGAAAAUCUAGGGAUUUUUGGUUGAUUGGAUUACUGUAGGUUUUUAAUGAUGAUUGCCCAGGAUAGACAGAUUGUGCUUUCUCUUCUUUCUCUCUUUCUCUCCUGCUUUCUCCUUCUCUCCUGUCCUUUCUUUUUAGUUUCUGUUCCUGUAGUAUAAUAUAAGCAUGCAUACUUUAAUUUUUUUUUUUUAGUUUUCUUAGGCAGCACUAGUUUUUUUCAGUUUUAGAGGGAGACUUCUCCCCUGCCUUUGACAUAUUGGAUUAGUUCAGAGGUUUACAUUAGUUUUAAGAAAGGUUUUGCUUUUCUAGGUCAUUAAAGGUUUUUAGUUUCUUUAGCCUCUAAGGGCUGAGUUUAGCACUUGGUUUUCAGUAUUUUGUAGUAGGAGAUGACAAGUUGCUUUGGUCCAUUUCAUUAGCCAAAAUUCCUUGCAUUUAGAUUAUAUUCAAGGUUCUUAAAAUGAAGAUUUACUGUUUCUUUGUUACUUGCUGGUACAGCUAAAGUUUGUUUUACUUGCACAUUUGUACAUACACCUAAUCUUUUCAAGUGCCUUAAUUGUUUAAAAUCUCUGGCUUCAAAGGUUUUUGGGAAAAGGUAGGUUUACCUCACAUUUUUGUGUUUUCAUUAGUAAUAUUCAUUAGUAAUUAGUUCUAGGAACCUCACAAGAACUUUUAUUAUGGUGCCAUGGCUGUUAGUUUUUAGUGAGUGCUAGAAGAUCCAAGAUUCAUUUGAAAAUAUACAGAAUUUCCAUUCCUCCCAAAGUGGCAAAAUUUAGCUACAGUGGUAUAAUUAUCAUUUACAUAGAUGUGAAUACCUUAUCACACAUUAAUGUCCAUACAGCAAUUUUUGUGAAAAUGUAGCUGAUGGCGCCUUCUCAUCUUCUGUAAUUUUGAAUAUUGCUCUAAUAACAAAACCAUAAUAUGAAACCAGUUAGAUUUUGCAAGAAGAGCUCUUACAACAGAACUCACGGCCUUUUCCCCCCUUCCUUUAGCAAUUUACUAUCUUGAGCCAUUAAAAAUUUGGUUUUUUUAAAAUCCAGAAGGUAUAUGGAAACCUUUUCAGAUUUUCUUCUGAUUUGUUCAUGCGAAUGUAGUUCUAUCAAAACACCUUACUUUACCUUACAGAUAUUUGUUGCACAGGCAGACACUGCUGUAUUUAGAAAUUUCUAUUUCAGUUCAUUAAAAACUGUAAAACCAACCUGUAUCAUGUACCAAACUGAUUUAAAAUAAAUCUACAUGUUUAUUGAA